ACGGAAUAUUUUCUUCUUCUUUUUUUCCUCUGUUAUUUUUUCGGUUUAUUUUUGUCGCUCGGUGUUUGAUUUAUCUUCUUUUUCGUUGCUAUAUAUAAAUAUAAAGCGUGUUCGUCUACGCAAGUCUGUUUGUUUCUUCUCAACUUUGAUUUCUCCUACCUCGGUGCUGAUGAGGAGGUGAGAAGACGAAGCCCCGUUGCUUUUACCGGGGCUACUGAGGAGAGAGAAGAGGUCGGCGAUCAUUCGCGGCAGAACCGGUUGUUUUUUGCAUAGUUUUGCGAUUGGUGUUCGGAAUUAAGUUUUGAAGGGGACCAGCAUACGGCAUCUUAAAACAAGAAAUGGGUGGGUGUUGCUGCCAUUCAGCCAGAAGAACUGAAUCACAUGGACCACCUGUCUACUACUAUUGUCCAGAGGAUUUUGAGGAGGAUGAACCUUUGUCUUCCACUCAUGAUCCACCUUCUGCAGUUCCAGUACUACCUGUUGAUACAGUUCCUGCUACUUCAAUCGCUGAUUCUUGUCAAGAACCAAAUGCACUGCGCCUUCAUGAAGAUUUUUCUCACACACAAUCUAUUACUGGAAGAGUUGAUAACUUCGCCAAAAAUGAGUAUAGGCAGCCAACCGAUGGCGUACCAAUGGGGGAUAUCCUAAGGGACAGGUUUGAAGGUUCUGAUAACUGUGAUGGUUUGAAAGAAUCAGAACACAAGAGUGUUUCGGACUUUGUAAGCAAUUCUCCUAAGCUUAAAGAGAAGCUUUCAAAUUUAGAAAAUUCAAUAAUGCUUGCAACAGAUGAGGAGGAUGUUUGCCCCAUCUGUCUUGAAGAAUAUAAUGCUGAAAAUCCUCGGAUCAUUACAAAAUGUAAGCAUCAUUUUCACCUGUCAUGCAUUCUUGAAUGGUUUGAGAGGAGCAAUACCUGCGCCAUAUGUGAUAAGAUCAUGGAGGUUGAUAAUAUGGCUCUCUUUGACCAAACCCUGUAGAUAUCUCAUUGCGGAUUAGCCUUUUUCAUUCCUUGUUUGCAUAAGCUGUUGCGAUUGCGUUGUCAAUCUGCACUGCAUAUGUUUGAUCUCCUCCUGAUGCCAAUAAUUUAGUGGAAAGGUUUGAUAGAAAAGGAAAAAUUACGUUUUUUUUUUUACCCACCCGUGAAGUUUACAAUAUUUCUUUUUGGUUGAUCAGAAAAUGCCUUGGGUGAUAAGUUUCUAGUAAGUUCUUUAGCGUUUUCAUGUCUCAUGUACAGCUUUUUUAUUUUUUCUAUUGGGUGACAAUGAUGAUUCGUCUGCAGUAGAUCUCUUAAAUCUGUAUAAUUGUACAGUUUUUUUCGGUGCUUGUCCUGUUUGUUAUUUGUUUGAACUUCCUUGAGGAUGAAUAAUAGAUUGGAUCAUUUCUUUUAUUUA